AUGAGCUUUACUGCAAACCAGGCUUGCUUGACAGAUGGAGUGUUUGGAAAGUGUCAGCAGGUACCAGUGAUAGAUGUAUACAAGUAUGAAGUUUCACCACUCGUACUCCAGCACUUACGAAUUGUCUUAGAGAAGUUGUUGCACAGAGGUUUUACAUGGCAAGAUGAUUAUACACAGCAUGUUAUUGCCCGUGAACUCUCAAAUCUCCCUAAGAUCCAUGACUGGCACUCUGAGACAUUCUCAUCAAAUGAUUUAGAUUCACCAAGGACUUCAAAACAGAAUUCUGACAGCAACAGGAAUUUAGUCCUGGGAAGAGACAUGAACUUCAUUAAGUCUCCUCAGCAAUACCUUGCCUACCUGGAUUUUCUAUCCCAGUCCCCAACUCCAGAUUUGUAUUCAAGGAUAAAGGGUAAUAAAGCCUCUCUUAAGAUUGAUAUCCCAUCUGACACCAUAAUCAACUACAUGGUACAGAACUCUAAGGGGAAAAUACCUGCUUUAACCCAUUCAGGAGCAGCUAAUUCAAAAUAUUUUGAAAAAUUUCCCGUGAGACCCUUUAGCCAACCACAGAUAGAUACAUUCCCACUAAAGCCGGAAGAAGAUUUUGACAGAAAAGCUCUACUGGCAGCCUUAAAUGCAUACAUUUCUCAGAAGAUGGCAGCAAAAGACCUUGAUGGAAGUUCAUCUGUUAGCAGGACUAAAGAAUCUACCCCUUAUACCAGUAGGCUCAAGCUCAAGUUUCCUCAGAUUGACCACCUUGAUGGAAUGGUGUCCAAAGAAAAUACAGGGGAUUUUGACAUGAAGUCACCUUUCCCACGGAGGCCUGUAUAUGGAUUGGUACCUAGUUCUGUCCAGAGUGAUUUGAGGGUCCCUCUAACUCCAGUAGAUGAAAUACUUAUUCAAGAUGUUCUGAGGGACCUGAAGAAACAUCAUGUGGAUGUAGAUAAGUUGAGCCCACUGGAGCUGGAUGAGAUGGCUGAUAUUAUUGCUGAUGCUAUUCAAGGUGUUGAUACAGAUGAAGAAAAGAAAAAUGCCGCUGGGAAGGUUGAAGGAGAGAAAACAGAAAAGGGAAUGGAUGCAGAAGGAAAAGAUGAUUAUGAGAUGGGAUUAAUGAGUGAAGGUUAUCACAUGCAAGAUGAGAGAGCCCAGGAUGAAAAUACUAGGAUCAAAGAGGAGGGAAAUCAUUUGAAUACAGAACAAUUUGAUUUUGUGAAUGAAAAUAUGGCAACUUCACCUAAGGAGACUUUUCCGAAAGACCCCUUUAAAAUAGAAAGGAAGAAGUCAGAGGAUUUAGAUCUUUCCUUGUCUUCCUCUGAAGAAGUGAAGACUGGGAUUGAAAAUGUGAAGAGCAAAACAUUCUCAAGAGAGCUAGUAGCUCAGAAGAAAGCUGGGUCAGAACCUAGCUCUAAAGAGCGGACUGAACUUCAUCAGUGGAUUAUGAAUACUUUGAUUCAGAAUGAAAAUACUUAUGAAGAAACUGAGGAAAAGAUGGGAGAAGACCUACAGCUAGAUGCAAAAUCUUCUAAAGAAGAGGAAUAUGGCUACAUUGUGACAGAGAAAGAUUCUCUGAGUGAGGAAAAGGGUUUGGAGUUAAUAAAAGAAGUUGCCGGCCUUCUGAAGCUCCAGAUGACAGCCUUUGCUGAUAUCAACAUGCUGGGCCCAGCUGUGACUUUCCAAGUGCGCUCAAAUGCCCUCAAUGUCACCACUGCUGAUGUUGCCAAAGCAGCAGAUGACAACAAAGACAUGCUUGAAAAAGCAACGGGACUGAAAAUUCUCCUGACUGGAAUGGUGGAGAAAAGCAAGCUGCAACUUCUGCCCCACCAUGCCCAGGAAGAGACCACCAAAUUCAUCAUACUAACACUGCUCUCCAUUGCUUGCAUUUUUGGAGUCCUUGUGACUUCUGGAGUCAUCUAUUGCCUCCGCCACGGCUCUCAUCACAAACUGAGGGAGAAGCUGACUAGCCUAGGCUCCGAUGCUGGCUCUGAUGCCACCGCUGCUUAUCAGGAGCUGUGUCGUCAGCGUAUGGCAGUAAAAUCAUCAGAUCACCCAGAGCCUCUGCAUACUUCCCGUAUUAAUAGCAUAUCUUCACAGUUCAGCGAUGGAACCAUUCCAAGUCCUUCUGCUCGAAGCAGUACUUCAUCCUGGUGUGAAGAACCAGUUCAGUCCAAUAUGGACAUUUCCACCGGUCACAUGAUACUGUCCUAUAUGGAAGAUCACUUGAAAAACAAGAAUCGUCUGGAUAAGGAAUGGGAAGCACUUUGUGCUUAUCAAGCUGAGCCCAAUGCAACCAACAUGGCCCAUAAGGAAGAAAAUGCCCAAAAGAACCGUUCUCAAGAUGUAGUAGCAUAUGAUCAUUGCAGAAUAUGUUUAAAAGCUGAAAACAGUCACGACAAUUCAGAUUACAUCAACGCAAGCCCGAUUAUGGACCAUGAUCCUAGGAAUCCUGCAUAUAUAGCUGCACAAGGUCCCCUGCCUUCUACGGUCACAGACUUCUGGCAGAUGGUCUGGGAAAACGGCUGUGUCGUUAUUGUCAUGCUGACACCCCUUGCUGAAAAUGGAGUCAAACAGUGCUACCACUAUUGGCCAGAUGAAGGGUCAAACCUCUACCAUAUCUACGAGGUCAAUCUGGUUUCUGAACACAUCUGGUGUGAAGAUUUCCUUGUGAGAAGCUUUUACUUGAAAAACCUUCAAACCAAUGAAACACGGACAGUGACACAAUUCCAUUUCCUUACUUGGCAUGACCAGAAGGUUCCCGCAUCCGCAAGGUCCCUUCUGGAUUUUCGCAGAAAAGUAAACAAGUGCUACAGGGGUCGUUCUUGUCCAGUAAUUGUUCAUUGCAGUGAUGGUGCAGGAAGAAGUGGAACCUACAUCCUAAUUGACAUGGUUCUCAAUAAAAUGGCCAAAGGUGCUAAAGAGAUUGAUAUUGCUGCUACUCUGGAGCACUUGCGAGACCAGAGACCUGGCAUGGUCCAGACAAAGGAACAGUUUGAGUUCGCAUUGACAGCAGUUGCAGAAGAGGUGAACGCAAUACUCAAAGCACUUCCACAGUGA